AUGGGCGACAAAUAUGACAAGAAGUCGGGCAUAUCGUCCAGGGGCACUCUGUUCGCCGGCCUGGUCUUUGGCUUGCUGCUGGGCACCUUUGUCCUGGGACCCCGCUUCAACAGCAACAGGCUGCGCUCCACAGGCGAGUGCCCCCGAACUCCCGCCGCCGCCGCCGCCUGCCGCCGCCUAGCACGGGUCCCCCAUGGCAAGGAGACGAAUGCGGCGCUGACUGCAGCGCUCAACACGCGCCAGCAGGAGAAGGAUGCGGUGCAGCAUGAGCUGGAUGCCACCAAGAAGCAGCGGGACGACCUGCAGAACGAGGUCAACAGCCUCAAGUCGUCAAAGGAUGAGCUGCAGAAGGAGCUAGACGCCGCCAAGCAGCAGAAGCAGGAGGUGGAGAACCGCGCCUCCUCCUCCGACACCACCCUCUCCUCCAUGAAGCAAAAGCUGAACGAUGCCAAGACCAAGCUGGAGGAGGCCACCAAGCACCUGUCCGAGAUCCCCGCCAGGUAG